AUGAGUGAUGAAGUUGGUAAAGUUUGUGAACUUGUAACAUUACAAAAAGAAAAUUGCAAAGCUUGUACAAUCACUACUUUCUUAAAUAAUUCUCAUUACUUUAAAAAAUCUGAAAAGCAUGAACAUGGUCCUUCAGCUACUAGUGGUGAAAUUGUACAAACUAUUUCUCAAAUUAAACAACAAGCUCGUAAUACACGAGAUAAACCUUCUAAAAUAAUUCAAAAUAAUAUUGCUGUUACUCCAACAAAUCUUUUGCUCUAUAUGCCUACAAAAGAGGCUCUCAGAAUGAGAAUUAAGCGUGUUAGAAAAAAUGCAAUGCUACCAGAACCCAAGACACUUGAAGAAAUCAAAAUUCCAAUUACAUUACGUUAUACCUUAAGUGAUGAAUCAUUUUUAAUAGAAGAUUCAGAAUAUAAUCAAACUUUAAAUGACUUUGCUAAAGAUAAUUAUAUUCAACUUAAUCCAUCAACAAUUAUUACUGAUUUUGAACUAGCAGUGGUUAAUGCAUCAUCUAAUAUAUUUCUAGAUAAUUCUUAA